AUGGCGCCCUCGGGCCCGGGCAGCGUCAGGCGGCGGUGCCGGCGGGUGCUGUACUGGAUCCCGGUGGUGUUCAUCACCCUCCUGCUCGGCUGGUCCUACUACGCCUACGCCAUCCAGCUGUGCCUCGUGUCCAUGGAAAACAUUGGAGAACAAGUUGUGUGCCUGAUUGCUUAUCAUCUACUUUUUGCAAUGUUUGUCUGGUCGUAUUGGAAAACUAUCUUCACAUUACCAAUGAAUCCUUCAAAAGAAUUCCAUCUCUCUUACGCAGAGAAAGAAUUGCUGGAGAGAGAGCCAAGAGGAGAAGCCCAUCAGGAAGUUCUUAGGCGAGCAGCCAAAGACCUUCCCAUCUACACCAGGACCAUGUCUGGAGCAAUCCGCUAUUGUGACAGAUGCCAACUUAUAAAACCAGAUCGCUGCCAUCACUGUUCCGUCUGUGAUAAAUGUAUUUUGAAGAUGGAUCAUCAUUGCCCGUGGGUGAACAAUUGUGUUGGAUUUUCAAAUUAUAAAUUUUUCCUCCUUUUCUUGGCUUAUUCUCUGCUGUACUGCCUUUUCAUUGCUGCUACAGAUUUACAGUAUUUUAUCAAAUUUUGGACCAAUGGCCUACCUGAUACUCAAGCCAAGUUCCAUAUUAUGUUUUUAUUCUUUGCUGCAGCUAUGUUUUCUGUCAGCUUGUCUUCUCUGUUUGGCUAUCAUUGUUGGCUAGUCAGCAAAAAUAAAUCUACAUUAGAGGCAUUUAGAAGUCCAGUAUUUCGACAUGGAACAGAUAAGAAUGGAUUCAGCUUGGGUUUCAGUAAAAAUAUGCGGCAGGUUUUCGGUGAUGAGAAGAAGUACUGGUUGCUACCCAUUUUUUCAAGUCUAGGUGACGGCUGCUGCUUUCCAACUUGCCUUGUUAACCAAGAUCCUGAACAACCAUCUACUCCUGCAGGAUUGCAUUCAUCAUCAAAAAAUCCUGAAAACCAUCAGUUUCCUGCAAAGCCAUUGAGAGAGUCCCAGAGCCACCUUCUGACUGAUUCUCAAUCCUGGACGGAGAACAGCACAAACCUGGGAAAAGGCAAAGCUGGUAUGAGCAAUCCUGCACUUACCAUGGAGAACGAGACUUAACUCUUCUAACAAAAGUUACUCAUACUUUAUAAAGUAAUCAAUGCUGUCGAUGGAUGGAAGAGGCUUCCCCCAGGAAGGCACCACUAGCCAGCUGUUCCCAUCCCCUUUGGCUGGAUGUGCAGAAUGGGAAUUGACUAGUUCUCUCCAAGCUGUUGCUUAAAACCUAACACAUUUUUACUCCAGUAUACAGAUUGUUUCAACUAACACUAAUUCCUCUUAAAUAUUAAAUGUAGUUACGGUUUAUGAAUCAAGGACAAAAAUAUCUUCUAUCAUAAAAACUUGGAAUAAAUUCAUGGGCCAGUUUUCACCCAGAUAUUUGAGUAGCACAACUUAUCACAUAAAAAGCCCAUUGAUCCCCUGAUUUUCUGAUUCAGAAAAUUGAGACUGUUAAGAUAUUGAGAUUUAAAAUAUUUCGUCACAUUAUCAUGAUAAGCUUUAUUCAUAAAACCUAUUAGUUACCUACGGGAAGGUGGAGGUAGCAGACGAGACUUGUUUACGCCCUCCCAUGUGAGUCUAGCCUCCGGCUGCGUGAACUGUAAAAACUAUGAAUUCAUUACGAAUUUCAAGUGGGCUGCGGUUGACGAUACCCAUCCAUUUUUUUUUUUUUUGGCCAGACUUUAAUGUAAGUCUAGCCUUUGUUCCCUGCUGGAAAGGAAGUAUGAUCAUUGAAGUGUAAGCUCAACUGGCUAGAAAAUCUUUGUCAGCAUUAAUACAUUUCUGUUAUAUCAGAAAUAUAUUUUUCAUCUCAAUUAUCUGAAAAUAGGGGAAAGUCUGUAAUUAUGAACAAUUAUGAAGAUUCGUUUAUGAUAUUGUUUUGCAGGUUUGGCUUUUAAAAGUCUGUUUUUAGGUUAUUUCCCCUAAUUGAACAUAGCAAACGUACUACAUUUUUGUUAAGAAUUCCUGAUGGGCCAAUAGAUUAAUCCUCCAUUGACAUCUAUAUUAUUUCUUUGUCCUCUCAUCAGAAGUAUGACAGGUAAACUACAUAGGUCCUGAAAUGCCUAUUAAGAUUAAAUUAUGCAAAUCAUCAAAAAAAUCAUAUACUUUUGGGAAUUUAGUUCAACAUGAACUAAAUGGUGUGCUGUUUGGAAACUGAGUUUAAGAUAAACUAAAGUGGUGUGUUUGUUGAUGCCAAAAUGUUCAGCUUCAGUAAAUAUACUAAGAAGCUCUUGUGCCUUGUAUGCACUAUUAAAAAGUCUUAUUCUUUUUUAAUUUGAUGGAGUGCAAGUUUUGUAAAUGUUAGCAAUUAGAAUAUGCUGUAUACAUUUUUUUGGUACUGAUUUUGAGAAUAUAAAGCAGAUUACCUUUUAAGACUACACAGCUAAGGAACUGGUGUUUAAUCAAAGAGAAAAUGGUAUUAGACUUUUCACAGUCUGAAUUAGACAACCUCAAAACCAAGUAGACUAGAAGACCAGAGGAAAAUGGAGUAACAGAUCUUUGCAAUUACUCAUCCUUGCUAAAAAUGAUGGUUUUAUAUUAAAUGACUUUAUGAAAGAACUAAUGUCAGCCCAGUCCAUUUUAUAAAUCAUUUGAGUGCAGUUCUUCAAGCAAUAGGAUGGUGGUCUUUUUCAGAUUUUUUUUUUUAAAGCUAAAGAUUUUGAUCUGACAAUCUACUUCAAGAAAACUCAGAAGAUACGAUAAUUCUUACUUUUAUCUUAAAGCAUUGUUUGGUCAUCAUUUUUCAUUACCUGAAGUGCCAGGUUGGAACCUCUAGCUACUGCUAGAAGUCUUAAGGGCAAGAGCAUCAUACAAUGCAUUACGAAUUAUAUGCAGCCAGAUUUUUUUCAAAGCACAGUACUAGGGCUGUUUUUACAGACAGGAUUCUGUUGGGUGUCCUCUCCUGUCAAACUAGAAACUAGGGGGAAAGUGGGAUUUUUAUUCUUUAGCUUGCUAGAAUACUGUUAAUUUCCCCCCUCCCUUUAGCUCUUUCAUGUAAUUAUUGAAAUACGUAAGUACACAUUAGAAUCAGAUAUAAAAACAUUUUUUAAAAUAAAGUUUUUUUUCAUUAAGUAAAAAUGAAAGUUCCCUUUUUGGUUUCAUACAAUGACUAAUCUUUACAGGGUUUUUUGUUUGGUUUUGUUUUUAAUUCUAGGGGCUUAUUAUUUUUGGAGAUAGUGGCAUAUCUCAUUAGACAUGCAGUGUGAAUUUUACCUGAGUGAACAGAGCAUCAAAUAGACCUACGGUUUGUAUAUAUUUAUAAAAGGUACCUUAAAAACACUUUAAACAUUUUACUUUAAAAAAUUUAAUUGCUUAACUCAAACUUGAAGACACUUGAAGUGUAAGUCCUGAUAGUCCAUUAAACGAUAAUUUUGAUUUUUCCUGUUUUUAGAGAUUAUAUCAUGUAGGUAUCAAUGUUUAAGAACUUUUUCAUUUAAAAAUGUUGUACAAAUGCAUCAUAUACAUUAGCUAUUUGCCAUUGUGCAGUGAGAGGUUUGUUUUUUCAAAGAUAAAGAAAAAUUGCAUCUGAAUACAGUGAUGAGACAUUCAAGUAAGUGCUUAUCUAUGAAUUCCCUCCUGUUAUACCAUAAUAAAGUCUGGUUGAUCA